CGUUUGAUUGACGAGACAACAGAUCUGAGAUGUAUUAUCUGCCUGUACACACUUGUAGCAGCCAUAACUGGAGGUCAGACAGAUGGUGCAACAUGCCGGGAUUCAAGUCCAACGUUAUGUAUCAAGAGUCUUUGUGGAAAUCCAGGUAUCGCUGAACACUGCCGGAGGACGUGCGGUCGCUGUAACGUAACGGAUUGUGCAGUAGGUAUGUACAGGACUGGCGACUCCUGCACAGAAUGUCAGAGACAAACUCAGGAUGACCAUGAUGGAUGUACCAGAACGUGUCCGGAAAUGGGAAGAUGGGGAGACGCAUGUAGAAAACAAUGUGGAGUUGGAUGCCGGAGUCUGGUGUGCUAUCAGUGGUCAGGGGAGUGUGUUGAUGGUUGCAUUGGGGGGAAAUAUGGACAACGUUGUGACCUCAACUGUGACCACUGUGGUGUCUGUGGCAAUGGAGUCUCGAACUGUGACCGUGAAGAUGCUUCUUGUAUCUGUGGGUGUUCAGGAAACUUGUACGGAGUUAAAUGUAACAAACAUUGCAAUAGCAAGUGUCUAAAUACAUCCUGCAAUAGCACAACAGGUGCAUGUACACAUGGAUGCCUAAAGGGUAGGUUUGGAUCGCAGUGCAACACAGCCUGCAGUGCCACAUGUCUUCACGGUACAUGCUACCAGAAUGGAUCAUGCAUGACGUGUGUACAGGGAUAUCAUGGUGAACAAUGUCGGGAGAGGUGUUCCAGGAACUGUGGUAUUGAGACAUGUAGUAGAGAUGGGAGAUGCAGUCCUUGUAAACCUGGCUACUUCAAAACACACUGCCAGGAGAAAUGCAGCGACAAUUGUCUGAAUGAAACAUGCAGUCAGAACAACGGGAAAUGUGAUUAUGGUUGUGUUUCGGGCUGGCAUGGCGACACCUGUUCUGUUAAAUGUCCUGAGAACUGUGCUACCGACAAGUGCAGCAGAGACAAUGGUUCAUGUUCAGAGGGAUGUGUAGCUGGUGCUUACGGUCAGCACUGUACCCUGACAUGCAGUAGCCACUGUACAGACAUGGAAUGUUCCACUAAACCUGUCUGUACUUUGGGAUGUCAAGCAGGACUGUGGGGAGAAUACUGUGACAACGAGUGUCCCGACCACUGUUCAGUGUGCAACAGAAGCACUGGGUCCUGCCUGGAAUUUUCAGGGUCCCUUCACAGACUUGUCGUCGUCUUGCCAGCAUGUCUCGGUGUUUUCAUCCUUGUCAUUGCCGUCAUGAUCGUCAGGAGGAGAGAGUGUACGUCUUGUCCGGGUUUCCACAGAAGUAUAUCACCAAUCAACCCUGACAGCAGACCAGAAGAAAUCUCACUGCAAGAGUUUAAUGUAUCACGCAACAGUGAAAAUUCUCAGUAUGACGUGAUCCCGGAUAUAAAUAACGACCUCGCUGUGGAAGAGAGAGACUACGAACAACUGCAAGCACCCCGACCAGACACUGGCUACAUGCCGUUAUUAUAUACUUGGCAGUGAGAUAAACUUGAGUGUCAGUAAAAGAUCCUCUAUUUAUUACCUGUGUCACUGCAAUUUGAUGAUGUCAUCAACAGUGUCUUAUUACCUGCAACAAUAUUUCUAUCAAUAUUGCGUGUAUGUAUAUAUUGUAUAUGAUCUUUGAAUGCUUUCCUGUAUGACUAUAUGGUUUUCAAAAUACGUACUUUUGUCCUCACAAGCACGGAAAUGAGACAUGAAAGGAUUAUUACGUGAUGUCUUAAAUGCAACUAUAUUCGUUGUGUGUCAUGUAGAGUAGUGUUUGACAGUUCCUAUGUAAAUGGGCGGUGGGGUAGCCUAGUGGUUAAAGCGUUCGCUCGUCACGCCGAAGACCCGGGUUCGAUUCCCCACAAGGGUACAAUGUGUGAAGCCCAUUUCUGGUGUCCCCCACUGUGAUAUUGCUGGAAUAUUGCUAAAAGCGGCGUAAAACUAAACUCACUCACUCCUAUGUAAAUGUCAGGAACAGCAACAAAUAUAUCUCUAAUUUUGUACAGAGUUGCUCACAUAUUUUUGUCAAUAAAUCAUUAUAAAGU